CCUAACGAACAACCGCCGGUCACGGAAGCUUUCCGCGUCGUCGAAAAGUUCGCGAGACCGCGUGUACUCUCCUAUAUGCGUUUAACGAAUUUUCAUAUUAUAUAAAUAAUUGUUUUAAGAUUUUUAUCGAUUGCGAAAAAGGAAAAUCUGAUUUUCACCGGUUUUCUUCUUUUCUCAACAGUGUUGUGUUAACAGGAUUGAUUCAUCUUAAAUGUGAUAUCAUAUUUCGAAUUAUUUUCUUCGGUUCUUCGAAAGGAAAAAGUGAACUCGCGUGAGACGAUUUUUUUUUUUUUUAGAAUAAGUGAUAAACAACGUAGAGUGUCGGUUUGACGCGAUAACGUCGAGAUGUGAAAACUAUGUAAUAUUGUGUUGCGUGUUGGUUUGAGAUUAAUAAAAGUAAUAUAAGAAAGAAAAAGAAGAGAGAGAAAGAGAGAGAAAGAGAGAGAGAGACAAUAUUAAUAAUAUUUUCAUCGUCAUCCAUAUUUGAACGUGAACGUAGAAGAAAGAAGACAGAUUUUUUGGAGAUUUGCAAUAUAUUUUGUGCGUCGCUCAAGGCAAAAGAAUAUAGGAAAAUAGAAGAGGAUAGAGUCAUCGAGAAGAACGAUAGUGUGUUAGGAAAAGAGACAGAGAGCAGAGAGCAGAGAGCAGAGAGAGAGAGAGAGAGAGAGAGAGAGAGAGAGAGAGAAGAGGAUCAUAGAACGAACAGAAGCAGGAAAGCGGAACGUGUUGCGACUUUGGGACUAGAAAUGAGUUGAGGAUUGGCUACGAUGUUGAGUCGUUUGUCGGCCGUGGUGGCCUCCAUUUUGGUUCACCAGGUACACUUUCUGUGCACCGCAAACUCUCAAGGCGUGAAGCCAGUUCCCGGGCUGGAAAACCUGCCGAGGUCGUUCUGGCGUGAGCUCAGUUCACCCUUUACCGAGGUGUACGAAGUGGACAAUUUUGCCACUGAAAUCGGUGCAACGCCCGAGCCAAGGCCGUUUUUCGAAGAUCCUGAGAGCAACAUUACAGUGCAGUUAGGAGCUCAAGUACACAUGCACUGUAGAGUGCAGAAUUUGCAAAAGAAUUUGAAGGUGUCUUGGGUACGAAGACGUGGCGAGGAUUUUCAUUUACUUACAAUCGGUCUUGAUACGUAUGCGAGCGACUCGAGAUUUUCAUUGGAGUUCGAAGGCCCGAACGAUUGGCGAUUACAGUUGAAAUCGGCGACUGAAAGGGACGCAGGACUUUACGAGUGUCAAGUCAGCGUACAUCCGCCAUUAAUCAGAACGGUUCAUCUGUCGGUAUCAGUACCAAGAGUUGAAAUUGUUGACGAACGUGGCGCAACCACAGGCGAUAAAUUCUAUAAAGCAGGUAGUACGAUAGAGCUGAAGUGUGUCGUUAGUAAUAUACCUCAACCGACUGGAUACGUAACAUGGCGGCAUGGAUCUCGUGCAUUGAAUUACGAUACCACCCGUGGAGGAAUCAGUGUGAAAACCGACAUGGGGUCGACCGGAGCGGUUUCGAGGCUCUACAUUGCCAAUGCGAAUAAGAAAGACAGUGGGAAUUAUAGUUGCGCAUUGGCCGACAUAGCUGCGGUCACUGUCGUCUCCGUCCACGUGCUCAACGGAGAAAAUCCAGCGGCGAUGCAGCACGGUGGAUGCGGCAGCUCAAGGGCAGCAUUAGUCCUCAUCAUUUUUGCGACAUUGUCAUCGCUUUCAAGGUGACCGUGAGGAGACCUUUUGCGCUGCUACGUAACUUCGCGAUACGAAUGGUGCUAAUUAAGUUUGUCACGUGAGCGAUGACAUCGGAAUCGUUCGAAACGAGAUGAAGAUGGAAAAUUAACGAAAAGAUACAAUUUUUAGGACAAGAAGAAAGAUGAUAAUAAAAAAUUCAAGAACGGAAGGAUCUCGUUCGGAUGCCGAGUGUCCACCGUGUUCCUUUCAGUAAUUUCAUGAUAAAAGAAAAACGUUCGAAUCAGAAUUAAGUUAAUAAACCUUGUUCGAACUC